UAUUAAUUAAUAAUACUAUUAUUUUGCUUACAUUAUGUAUUUAAUUAUUAAUUUAUAGUAUUAAUGGAUAUAUACAUUAAUUAAUUAUAAGUAAAUAUAAUCCCUAUGACUGCACACUGAACAAUUUAUAGUGCGUGAUUCCCGUGGGAAAUCCGGUUGAAACAUAUGUAUUCGUUAUUUAGUUCCGUUACUUGAAAAAGACCAGUAAAACUAAAAUAUUUAGGUAUUGAGCUUAAAUUAUAGCUUAAAUUAUAUUCAAUGUUAUUAUCUAUGAUAUUUUCAAUACUCGUUACAUAUUAAAUACAUAUAAAAAAUGUUUAUACUGUUUUCUAUUAUAAUUGUUACAAUUAAAAAAUAUGAUAUUUAAUUUAAAAUAAAAACAUAAAAUUUUAAAUUAAUUAUCAAUAAUGUUUCACAUUAUGAGAUUAUUCAUGUUGUGCAAGUUAAUACUUUUUUUUUAUUAAUACAAAAACAUCAUCUUGAUAAAUUUUAUCGCAUUUUUCAAAUCGAUUGAUUCGAACGGAUCGAUACUAUCGAUAUAAACCGGCUGAAAAAACGAUAUCACGUGACAUAUAUAUAAUCACUGUUGUGUAUUACUAUUAGUUUGAAAGUAUCAAAGUUCGGUAAGCACCGAAAACGUUUAUUAUUGAUACAACGAAAAUCUAUAAUCAAUAUUGACGAUGUUUAAAUGCUGUGUGUGCAAUAAGAGCUCAAAAAAGGAGAAGUCGAAUAGCGAAAUGAAAUCGACAUCAAAGCAAAAUCAAAAAGCGGUUGAUUCGCAAUUGGUUAAUUCUGAUUCCUUAAAAGCUGAAGAAAAUGGAUCGAUCGAAGGAGAAAAAAAGCUGAACGGUAAUAUACAGAGAUUUGAAAAAGUUUCUUCGUCGAUGGAAAAUAAUAGUAUGGAAAUAAUUGAUGAUUUAAUUGUCAAGAGUCCAUUACCUAUCGGUAAGCGAGAUGAAAAUAAUGAUAAUUCUCGAUUACGAGUAGAAUCGAUAGAGAAAUCGAAUGAUAUUGACAAUGAUGAUAUAGAAAAUGCGAGUGAUCGAAUAAAUAUAGAAAACAAAAAUAGAGAAAUAAACAGAAUUAAAGAUGCAAAUAGAAAUGAAAAAAUAAAGGAAAAUGAUAAUAUAAGUGAAAAUGAUAAUGGGAAUAACGAGAAUGGAGUAAUGAAGACAAUAUUAAAUUCUGGAAUCUCUGGUACUAUUAAAACCAAUCUUUAUAACUCUUCCGCGUAUAUUGAGAGAACGAUUGAUGAUGGACCAGAAGAGGAAGGUGAUGAUUCCGUUUUUGAAGCUUGUCCGAAUGAUACAAAUAAAAAAACGCCGCCAGUUUCAUCAAUUCCUCGGUGGCUUUCGGAAGAAGAAGAUGGCGAUUCAGAAGAAUGCAGUGGAAUGCAAGAACCACCGGCGACACCAGUUGCUCGUGAUGAACUAGCUUUAAGACGUCAUAGAUUCUUCUCCGAUUUAUUGCAUGCCGCGCAAAACGCGACGGAGCAUAGAGUGAGAUUCGACCCCCUAGGACCGAUGGUGCACGCUGGUUGUGAAGUUAAUGAGAAGGAAGAACAUUUAGAAGAAUUGGUAAAUAGAUUAGAAAAUGUUACAAGAAGACUAGAAAAAGUAAGAGCCCAAUCUACAAUUGAAACUCAAGAUUCUGCUGUUCAAACAAAUACACCAUCACCAAAAAGGUCUCAAUCCAUAAAAAAUAGUGAUUCAAUAUUGUCUGUCUCAUCUUCUCAUUCAAUAGAUAAAAAAAUAGCAGAUAAUUUUAUCAUCAUGUCAGUCGCAGGAUAUGAAGAUUUUUUAGCUGGUCCUGUAAAAGAAUAUCUUCAACUAAGUGAGAAAAUUGGUGGUGAUGUAGCUACUCAUAGCAAACUUGUAGAAAAAGCAUUUAAAAUUCAAUUGGAAUUCAUUCAAACUGCAGCAAGUCGCCCAUCUCCAGCAAAUCAAUCAGAACAAAUUUCUCUUCUUGCACCUACAUCUACACAAAUUCAACAAAUUCAAGAAUUUCGCGAAAAAAAUAGAGGAUCUCAAUUUUUCAAUCAUUUAUCUGCAAUUAGUGAAAGUAUUCCAGCUUUGGGUUGGGUUGCAGUAUCACCUACUCCAGCUCCUUAUGUGAAAGAAAUGAAUGAUGCUGGACAAUUCUAUACAAAUCGUGUUUUAAAGGAAUGGAAAGAAAAAGAUAAAGUACAUGCUGAAUGGUGUAAAGCUUGGAUACAAACAUUAAGUGAUCUGCAGCAAUAUGUGCGUCAGCAUCACACUACAGGAUUAGUAUGGGCAAAAACUGGCUCUGCACCAGUAGGCAUACCACCACCUCCACCACCAUGUAUGCCUAUGACAGACAUAAUACCAGCAAAUAUUAGUGAUGAUAGAAGUGCUCUUUUCGCCGAAAUUAAUCAAGGAGAAGCUAUUACAAAAAAUUUAAAAAAAGUUACGUCAGAUAUGCAAACACAUAAAAAUCCUUCACUGAGAACUGGACCAGCACCAUUUAAAGCACCAAUUGUUGGUAAUACUGUACCAACAAAAACAGUACCAUCUGCAAAUGCACCAAUUGAUAAACCUCCUGUAUUUACUAGAGAUGGAAAGAAAUGGCUUGUGGAAUAUCAUAAAGCUAAUAAAGAUUUACUUAUUGAUAAUGUGGAAAUGAACAAUGUAAUCUACAUGUUUCGAUGUCAAGAUAGUACUUUAGUUAUUAAAGGCAAAGUUAAUUCCAUUGUUAUGGAUUCAUGUCGUAAAUCAUCUGUUGUUUUCGAUUCCGUUGUAUCGAGUAUUGAAUUCGUCAAUUGUCAAAGUGUGCAAAUGCAGGUUUUAGGAAAAGUUCCCACAAUUUCUAUUGACAAGACAGAUGGUUGUCAAAUGUAUUUGAAUUCGGAAUCAUUAGAUGUGGAAUUUAUUAGUAGCAAAUCUAGCGAAAUGAAUGUUAUGGUACCUAAAGGAAAUGGAGAUUAUAUUGAAUAUCCUAUACCAGAGCAAUUCAAAACAACUAUUAGUCCCAAAGGUCUAAGUACGAUCGCAGUUGAUUCAUUGGGCUAAAGUAAUUCAAUUAUUCAAUAAUUCAAUUAUUCAUAGCCUAACUAAACGUCUGUCUACGAGUACAGCUCAUUAGAAAUAUCAUCUUCAGAAAAUUUGUCAAAUUAUUAUUUAUUGCUUCUUUAACUAAUUUAAGAAUUAAAAGAAAAGAGAAAUGGAGAAUUAGGAAAAAAUGCGAGUACAUAAAAGUAUAGAAUUGUAUUAGAUAAAUCGAUUGAAUGUUUUAAUAUCGCUGUCCUAUUUUGUUUCGAAUAUAUUCGCGUAUUGUAUUGAAGAUUAUCGAUUCCAUUGCAAAUGAAAUUGGAAUCACUUCAAAAUGAUGCUCAAUUUAAACGAAUCUUAUUAAAUUAUAUUAUACCUUAUAAACACGCAGAUAUUCGAUUGUCUGCAACUCGAUAUUUUGUAAUAUAGUCAUAAUUAAAUCCCUAGUAAUAUUGUGAUUCGUCUAAUAAGUGAUAAUGGAAAAAAAAUGGAAUCGAUAUUCUUCACGAAUAUAUUAUUACGCACAUUGGUGCUGAGAUGAGAAGCCUGAAUUGGAUUAAAAUGGUAUGGACAAAAGUUUUUCUACUUUCAAAUCUGACCUUUUAUAUAUUUACACUAUUUUUUAUCGUGAUCAAACUUUUGUCCAUACCAAAUUUGCUUCCCGAGAUUUUUCAGUUGUACUCGCCAUGGAAUUGUCACUCGAUAUUCUUGACAGGAGAAUAGAGAGUGAUGCAUAUAUAAAUUUCUGAGAAAUCAAAAUAUCAGGAAGCAUUCACGAGUCAUUUAUACAAUUAGUGAUGUCAUAUCGAUAAUUUAACCCUUUCGCUGCUAUUAACGCUAUAAGUGCUCAAAAAUGCUCUUGUAGGCAUUUUUAGAUAUAUUUAAUUAUUUUAUUUUAAUAAAUAUAUCUGUGUCAUAAAUCAUGAAUUUAGAUAAAUUUCAGCAAAUAUUACUAUAUUGACAUUUUCUACAUAUUUUAUGCAUUUUAUUAUUAUCAUGUGUUCUGUACUAAACUCGGCCUGCAGCGAAAGAGUUAAUAAUAUUAACUUCAGACUUUUGCAUCACAUUUAUUUUACAUAUCAUUUGUUUAUAGUAUUAUUAGUUUUUUUUAGAAAAUAUUAAUUAGAAAUAAAUUAUUUUGUGUCAAUAUAUUAUAAUAAUAUGAUUUCGAUUUUAAUAUUUGAACUUUUAUUUUGUGAGUCUUCCGUGUCUAUAAAUGUUCGUGAUGUGUAAAUAAAAUGGGAUGCUAAAUUUAUUUUAUGAAUAACAUGAAUCUUUUAGGCGCGUCUAAAAACUUUCAAAUUCAAAAUGUAUACGUAGUUAAAAAUCAUCAAAAAAAAAAAAAAAAAAAAAAACGGUUGUGCAAAAGUCUUGAUAAUUCAACCGUAAAAAAAGAACACUUCGAAAUAAUAAAUGAAUUAUAAACUCGAUAUUGAAUUUUAAAAGCGAGCUGUUUGAAGUAAAUUACAUUGUGAUUUUUACCAUUUAGUAUAUUGUGCUAAUCGUAGGUAUAAUCUAAUAUUAAACUACUUAAAGGCACGAUCUAAAAUGACAUGAUCAUAAUAAAAUAACAAUGAAUUUAGCAGUUCGAUCCUUUCCACUAAAGAGAUGAAAGAAAAACUCGAAAGAGUUUAUGAUUGUUUUUAUCAUUUAUAUAGUACUAAACAUAUUUGUAUGAUUAUUGAACAAUAAUUAUUUGACUAAAAUUAUUUACCAGUAAGGAUCGUGCUGCCCAUAAUGCAGUAAUCCCUAACAAUUUUUUUUUUGUUUUAAUCGAUAGAGUAUUAUAUCGAGAUUAAUAUUUAUUUCUCAAUAUGAUUUUCAGUGUUAUUUCUAAUUGUCCUAAUAAAACAAAUUAUACUAUUUAAA